UUUCAGAACUCUCUAUUGAAAUAAAACUGAAGAGCUUCUGACAGCUUGAAACAUGGAUGCUGAUUUGUAUGAUGAGUUUGGAAACUACAUUGGGCCGGAAUUGGAGUCCGAUGAAGAAGAAGAAGAGGAGGAGGAAGAACCACAUGAUGAUCAAGAUGAUAUGCCUCAAGACAUUGAGGAAGAGGGAAUGGAUGAUGGCGGAGAGGAUGAAGCUGGACAGCAGUUAGCAGUUGUACUACAUGAGGAUAAAAAGUAUUAUCCUACAGCAGAGGAAGUAUUUGGGCCCGAGGUUGAGACUGUCGUCCAGGAGGAGGAUGCUCAACCUCUCACACAACCCAUCAUACAGCCUGUAAAGAGAAACAAGUUCAGCUAUGCUGAACAGGAGCUUCCAGAAACAACAUACGAGAUGGAAUUUCUGGCAGAUCUGAUGGAUACACCCGAUCUCAUCCGGAAUGUGGCCCUGGUUGGACAUCUUCAUCACGGGAAGACGUCUUUUGUUGAUUGCUUGAUGGAGCAAACACACCCUGGGCUUGGACCUCCCCCUCAGCCUGAUAAACCACUGCGUUAUACAGAUACUUUGUUCACAGAACAAGAAAGAGCAGUAACCAUGAAAGCAUCACCCAUCAGCCUUGUGAUGCAAGAUGUGAAAAGCAAGAGCUUUCUUAUCAACAUUUUUGACACCCCUGGACAUGUGAAUUAUUCAGACGAGGUGACUGCCGCAAUGCGCCUCUCAGAUGGGGUCAUUUUAUUUGUGGAUGCUGCUGAGGGUGUGAUGCUGAAUACAGAAAGACUCCUGCGCCAUGCGGUCCAAGAGCGCAUGUCCAUCUGUCUCUGCAUCAAUAAAAUCGACCGCCUCAUCCUUGAGCUCAAGCUCCCACCUCAAGAUGCAUACUAUAAAUUACGGCAGAUCAUUGAUGAAGUCAAUGGUCUACUUGGAAUGUAUUCAGAGGAGGAGAAUCCAUUAUUGAUGUCUCCUCUUCUGGGUAAUGUGUGCUUUGCAAGUUCCCAAUAUUCACUCUGCUUCACACAACGCUCAUUUGCAUAUCUCUACGCUCAGUCCUACCCAGGCAUCAAUGCACCCGAAUUUGCCCGAAGGCUCUGGGGAGACAUCUACUUCAACCCAAAAACACGGAGGUUCACAAAAAAGCCACCACAUGGACAGGCUCAGAGGAGCUUUGUUGAAUUCAUCCUGGAGCCUCUAUACAAGAUCUUUGCACAGGUGGUGGGAGAUGUGGAUGAAUCUCUUCCAGUUGUUCUGGAGGAACUGGGCAUUCAUCUAACCAAGGAGGAAUCAACCCUCAACAUUCGCCCGCUGCUGCGUCUUAUUUGCUCCCGGUUCCUUGGUGAUUUCAAUGGAUUUGUGGAUAUGUGUGUGAAUCAUGUCUUCUCACCUGCUGCAAAUGCAAGACGGAAGGUGGAACACAUCUAUACAGGUCCCUUGCAGGGAGACAUUGCAGAGGCCAUGCUGCAUUGUGACCCUGAGGGUCCACUUAUGCUUCACGUGAGCAAGCAGUACCCCACAACAGAUGCGACAUGUUUCCAUGUCUUUGGCCGUGUUUUGAGUGGAACCCUCCAUUCGGGUCAGGAGGUGGUGAUCUUAGGGGAGAAUUAUUCUCUGGCUGAUGAGGAGGACUCACGAACCAUGAUUGUGGGACGCCUCUGGGUCUACGAAUCACGGUAUCGUGUAGAGGUGAAUCGGGUGCCGGCAGGGAACUGGGUCCUCAUUGAGGGGAUCGACCAGCCAAUAGUGAAGACGGCCACCAUCACAGAGAAGGGCCUCGACGAAGACCUCUACAUCUUCCGCCCGCUCCAGUUCAACACCCAUUCGGUGAUGAAAAUCGCAGUGGAGCCCGUUAAUCCGUCGGAGCUGCCCAAGAUGUUGGAUGGGCUGAGGAAAGUGAACAAGUCGUACCCUCUUCUCCAGACGAGGGUUGAAGAGUCUGGGGAACAUGUGAUCCUUGGCACAGGAGAAUUGUACCUUGAUUGCGUCAUGCAUGAUCUCCGCAAGAUGUACUCUGAGAUUGAUAUUAAGGUGGCAGACCCUUGUGUGAGUUUCUGCGAAACAGUUGUGGAAACAUCAUCUCUUAAAUGCUUUGCUGAGACACCAAAUCGUAAGAAUAAGCUCACCAUGAUUGCUGAACCACUAGAGAAAGGCUUGGCCGAAGAUAUCGAGAACCAAAUCGUUCACAUUUCUUGGAAUAGAAAGCGGCUUGGAGAGUUUUUCCAAACAAAAUACGACUGGGAUCUCCUGGCUGCUCGAAGCAUCUGGGCCUUUGGACCUGAUGUGACUGGUCCAAACAUCCUGGUUGAUGACACACUCCCUUCAGAGGUAGACAAGGGUCUGCUGAACUCAGUUCGUGAUGCCAUCGUCCAGGGUUUCCAGUGGGGAACCAGAGAAGGACCUCUGUGUGAGGAACCCAUCCGGAAUGUGAAAUUCAAGAUCUUGGAUGCUGUCAUUGCACCUGAACCUAUCCAUCGUGGAGGAGGCCAGAUCAUUCCGACAGCUAGACGAGUAGCAUAUUCUGCUUUCCUCCUUGCCACACCUAGACUCAUGGAACCCUAUUAUUUUGUGGAGGUUAUGGCUCCCGCUGAUUGCGUCUCUGCUGUUUACACUGUCCUUGCCCGCCGCAGGGGUCAUGUGACACAAGAUGCCCCUGUCCCUGGAUCUCCUCUCUAUACCAUCAAGGCAUUCAUCCCUGCAAUAGAUUCAUUCGGCUUUGAGACUGAUCUCCGGACCCACACCCAAGGACAAGCUUUCUGCCUCUCAGUUUUCCAUCACUGGCAGAUUGUUCCUGGGGACCCUCUUGACAAGAGCAUAGUGAUCAGGCCACUUGAGCAACAACCAGCACCUCAUCUGGCGAGAGAAUUCAUGAUCAAGACGCGGCGGAGGAAGGGGCUCAGUGAAGAUGUGUCCAUCAACAAGUUCUUCGACGAUCCUAUGUUGCUUGAGCUGGCUAAGCAAGAUGUCAUGCUCAACUACCCUCUCUGAGUGUCAGGAAGUACAAUCUUGUUUGACAAAAAAAAAAGUGAAAUAAAACUUUCUUGUACAGGUACGAAGACACUGAAUAUAUA